GCUUUCUACAAAGACAGUUGAACAUCAACAGGAAAUUCGUCAGCUGAAAAAUUAAUUUAGUAGCAAAAGGUCAAAAGAAAAUGCACAAAUGUCAGAACUAAAAGAAAAACAAAAUGAGUUCAGAGAACAAAAAACAAGAAAGCUUGAAGAGCAGGUGCAAGACCUAAAUAAAAGGCUUUCAAAUAAUACAGAUGGACAUCAACAGGAAAUUCGUCGGCUGAACCAAGAAUUUAGUAGCACUAGAAUACAAGAUAGUGCUCAAAUAUCAGAACUGAAGAAACAAAAGGAAGCACUGGAACAGAAAACACGAAAGUUGGAAGAGGACGUACAAGAUCUAAAUAAAAGGCAUUCAAACAUUACAGAAGGACAUCAAAAAGCAAUUAGUCUGCUGAAACAAGAUUUAAGUAGCACAAGACUAAGUGAUAAUGCCCACACAUCCGAACUGAAAAAAGUAAAGGAGGCUUUGGAACAGAAAGCUAGAAAACUUGAGGAGCAAGUACAGAUCCUCAAUAACAGGCUUUCAAGUAAAACAGAUGAACACCAGCAAGAAGUUCGUCAGCUGAACCAAGACCUCGGUAGCAUUAGAACAAAAGCAAAUGGAAAUAUAUCAGUUCUGAAAAGCCAAAAGGAAGACUUAGAACAGAAAACAAACACCCUUGAAAACGAAGUACAAGACCUUAAAAACAGGCUUUCAAGUAUUACAGACAGUCACCAACAAGAAGUUAAUCGGUUGACACAGGAACUUAAUAGCAGCAGAAUGGAAACUAAUGGACAAGUAUCAGGACUGGAACGAGAAAAGGAGACUCUGGGACAGAGAAACAAUUACCUUGAACAGCAAGUACAGAGCCUUGAAUACAGAAUGUCUAUGCAGGAUAGUAAGAUUUCUGGGAAUCAGGGACUGAUUGACGAUUAUAAGCAACAGAUUUCGAAGUAUCAGCAACAAAUUGAAUGUUACCAGAAUCCGAUCUCAUAUUUAUUUGCAUGUACUACAUGCAGCAACACUAUAGUUACAUGCGUUCCUCGCAAUUCUACACCAAUGCCGUAA